AUGGCGACAAGUACUUUUCAAACGGAUGCGGGUAUCUGCACUCAAGAUCCUCAUCAAAAGGCGGUACAUACAUUCAAAACUUGCAUGGGCGAAUUAACUGCAAGUCGUCGUGUACAAACUCUGACAUCAACUAUUGUGGGUGGACAAAACGACCGAGACAAAAAGACGACACGUGUCUUUUGCGCGAAUUGGACAGCAGUCGCUGACCUGUGGACAUCGGCAUGCGGCAACACAGGGUCAAUCGAUUUUACACUGUGUGACAGCACAAAUCAAGCAGCAGCAAGGGCGGAAAUGGUGACAAAUCUACAGGGCAGCAAGGAGUACAAAACUCAAACGACAGAAAAAAGCAACAUUGACGACACAUUCGAAAUGACAACAAGACCAAAGCUUUCAUCAACAGUUGCAAGCUAUAAAAAGGCAGAAUUGACAACAAACGCGAGCGACAUGAAUCGCACAAAAGCAAUGACAGCAAAAGGCAAAAGCAUCAGCAAGAUUUAG